AUGCAUGAAGCCGAUAAGGUCAUGUAUUUCACUGAAGGGUUAAAGGGAGUGACAAAAGCAGAAAUAAAUUACCACGCACCUGAAAAUUUGGAUGACACCAUAAAGUUAGCUGCCAGUUAUGACUCUGCGAUAUAUGGUGUAAUAAAAAAUGUUAAUAAGUGGUAUUCCAGGAAAGAUUCAAGAACAUUGGUGCAAAAUAAUUGGAAAUAUAGUAAACCUAAUGGCAGUUACUCAUCACAAAGCAAAGGUCAAGCUUCUACUCUGAUGGAAUUAGAUAGAGUGGAGUUAGGAAAUUCCAUAAAAUUUAGACCUAUUAAGGAAAAAAAUAAAGAAAGUCAUGUGGCAAAAGAAUGCCAAAGAAAGUCUUUUAAAGGUGAAGGAGGAGAUACAAGGGAAAAGAGCCCUUAUCUUGAUCGAUUCCGGAGCAUCCAAGAAUUUUUAAACCUAAAUUUUGUGGAAAAAUUGCAAUUAGAAAUGGAUGAGAAAGAAGUUGACACUACAACAGUGGAAUUAGCAGAUGGAUCACUGUGCAAGUCACGAGGAAACGUGACAGAUGUUGCUAUUGAAUUUCAAGAAUAUAAGAAAAGAAGAAAGACUAUAGAAGUCAUACCCUUGCAGAAGUAUAACAUGAUUCUCAGGCGAUGUACUUUCAUAAUUAAGGCUAGUGAACAAAAUGACACAAAAGCAUGUCAGUCAAUUCUGGUAACAAGAAACCAAUUUGUUAAGGAUACAAAAAAAUUUUUAAAGGAUUUGGUGUUUCAAUACAAGGACUUGUUUUCUGAGGAAUUGCCAGAUAAAUUACCACUACGCAGAAGCGUAGACCACGAAAUUCCAUUGCAAGUAGAUAGUAUACCACCAUAUGGACCUAUAUACCGAUUAUCCAUUCUGGAAAUGAAAGAAUUGAAAAAACAAAUUAAAGAAUACUUACAAAAAGGUAUAAUAAGGCCAAGUACAUCUCCAUACAGGGCUCUUGUGUUGUUUUCGCAAGCAAAGCUGUCAUGUAGGCAAGCCUGUUGGGUUGAAACGCUCCAAGCAUAUGAUUUUGUGAUUAAAUAUCAUCUGAAAAAAACCAAUGUGGUAGCUAACGCUUUAUCAAGGAAACCCAAGGUAAAUAGCAUUAGUGAAGUUCACAUAGAUGAAGAAUUAUAUGAAAGAAUAAAAGAAGAAUAUAAAGAGGAUGCCCAUUUUCAAAAAAUUUUGAAGGCGCUUGAAGAUCCUAGUUGUGAUGAAGCGAAAAGGUUAGGAAAACAAUUAACUCGUUACAAGCUAUGCAAGAAUGGAAUUAUUACCUUUGAAGAUAAAGAAAAUCCAUGGUUGUGCCUUACAAAAAAAUCCAAAACACGAAUGCUUCUAUUGAAAGAACAACAUGAUAUCAGUAGGCAUUUUGGAUUCAAGAAAACAUAUGAAGGGUUGAGAAGAUAUUACUAUUGGAAAAACAUGGCUAAAGACACAAAAAAGUACAUAUGUAGCUGCGAUAGUUGUCAACAUAACAAGGGCUCUAUGCAGGCACCUGCAGGGUUGUUACAACCCUUAGAAAUACCAGCUCAACCAUGGGAGGUAAUUUUGAUGGAUUUCGUUACACAUUUGCCAUGUACUGAACAUGAAAAUAAUUCAAUAAUGGUAGAGCCACUAACAAACCUCGAAAACUGUAAAGACUUAGUAGAAGAAUUUGAAGCACAGGGAGAAAUUGUUUUAAAUAGGGGAGAGUGUAAGGGGUUAGAUGACGAUGAACAUGAAGCACAUGAUUGCACUAUGGAAGAUCACAUAAUGGCCCGACUAAGUCGGAGCCGUAUUCGUAAUAGUAGUAAUGGGUCAUGUUAUGCGCAUGAAUAA